CUUCCACCAGCUCCACUCUCCUGCUCCUGACAUUCGAGAAUCUCUCUAGCAGCUUAUCUAGGGCUCACUGUUUAUCCUAUGCAGCCUGGCAACUGUCCGCACGCUCAGGAUUACCACAGAAGCCCCCUCUCAACACACAGACAAGUACUUUUUGUAUCUAUUUCAUCUUUGUUACUAUUAAGUAACCUGUCAAAGAAAGACAAGUACAACAUUUUGGAUAUUUUUCAAACUUCAGUAAUUUUUUGAUCCAAACUUUUCUGCACCUCCUCAAUUAUCUGGGGGGUGCGAGUGUGGUGCAUGCGAUGGAUCACACACUCUUUGGCUGUCUGCGAGGCCCCCAUGCCACCACUCAAGCCCUGCACCCUGCCUUCACCCAGUCCCCGUUGACCCUUCAUGGACGCUCUGACCAUGUCUCAUACCCAGACCUGGCUUCCUCCACCACCAACUCCUCCACCUCUACUUGCAUAAUCUCCAGCUACCCUGAAGAUGGGGGCCUGUUCCCAGGGCAGCACCAUCAUCACCACCACCGUGGGCAUCCACCAUCCCAGCAGUCGCAGCAUCACCACAUUCCUCAGCACCAGGCCGCUUGGCACAUUCCACAGAUGCCCUCACCUGGAACCACUAGCUCCCGCCACAACCUCUGUCACCCCCACAGCCACUCACAAUCGGCCCAGGACAAUGUCAAUGUCCCCGGGCCUCCAGACAUCGGCAACCCUGGCGGUCCCAAUAUGUCUACUAGCACUACCAGCUUGGGGCAUAGCAACACCCCCAAUGGAGCAUCUUGUGUGCCUGCAGACUAUGGGAGACAGACCCUGUCGCCUGUUGAAGUGGAAAAGCGGAGUAGCAAGAGGAAAAGUGACAGUUCAGAGUCCCAAGAUGGGAAUUAUAAAUCAGAUGUGAGCAGCAAACCUAGGAAGGAGAGAACGGCCUUCACCAAGGAGCAGAUUCGAGAACUGGAGGCCGAGUUCGCCCAUCAUAACUAUUUGACGAGACUGCGGCGCUACGAGAUAGCAGUCAACCUGGAUCUCACAGAAAGACAAGUAAAGGUAUGGUUUCAAAACAGGAGGAUGAAAUGGAAACGAGUGAAAGGCGGCCAACAGGGGGCAAUCGCGAAGGAGAAAGAACUUGUUAAUGUGAAAAAAGCUGAAUUACUGCAUUCGGAAUUCUCCCGAAUAGCAGCACUUCACCACUCCAGAGACUCCCUAGCCAACGAGGACAGUCACGACAGCGACCAAAGUUCUGAGCAUGCUCGCUUAUGAUGCAGGGCAGGCCUCCUCCAAGUAGGCCCUGUCUCCUCUCUCAGGAACAUCCUUAAACUGACUUCCGCUUCUGCUGAUUUGUCAUCGCCAUUUGCUCAGUUAAAAAAAUGUUAAUAAAUGUACAAAUAUACAGAGGCACACCAUGUGUUUCUUCAGCUGAAGUACACAUGUACAGGACAUAAAAUGAUCCAAAGACUAAAAUAAAGAUCACAAGUAUGUCUAUUGUUCAGGAAAUGUAAUAAUGAAUUAAAUGAAACAAUUUUUUAUUGUCUGUGAAAACAAUAAUUUAUUAAAUACUAAGAUCAUUUUCAUUUCAACAUUCCAAGUUAAGUGCCUAACUUGUAAAAAGACACAUUCAUGCUUUGAUUUGCACUGUUUAACACUAGACUCAAGCAUUAAUAAUUUUUGGGGGAUACCCAACAUUUCCUUAACGAACAUAGAUUUUGAUAACAUUUUCCAGUACUUUUCUGUCCUCUAAUCUAAUUUAUUUUCCACAAUGUUCAAAUUACACAGUAAUAAACAUUUCUUUUUUCUGAA